AUGGCACAGAGUGUGGGGCCCCCUGGGGUGUAUGUCCCCCGUACACUGCUGCGUUUAUACAGGGCCUACAACCUAGCUUACACUUUCUCUUCCUUGCUGCUGCUUCUGAGCUUACAUGCUGUUGCUGCUGCUGCUGCCGCUGCUGCAGCGCCGGCAGAGGAGACUACAAACACCAGCAGCAAAACGCAGGAGUCCUUUUGGGGGGAGACCGAUGAAGAGAGACAGCAAAACGAUAAACGUGGAGAUGUAUGUACAAAGGUAACUGCUGCUGCAGUUAUUUUCUUUGCUGCUGUCUUGGGGGCUGCUCCAGGGUUCGUGCUGCUGCGUCGGCGACAGCAGCAGCAGCAGCAGCAGCAGCAGCAGUCCGGGGGCAGCAGUAACGGGAACAGCAGCAGAUUCAGCAGCGGCAGCAGCAGAUGCACGAUAGUGCCUUCGUGCUGCAGCAGUAAUUACGGUGCUGCUGCUACUGCUUGCUGCUUUGGGGCUUCUCCUUUCUUGGUGAGAGCAGCAACUGUAUAUACAGCCGGUGUUGUUGCUGCUGUUGCGCUGCUGCACCUGCUGCCAGCAGCAGAACAUCAGCUUUCAGUGGCUUUAGGGCCCCCCAACAGCAAUGGGGGCCCCUCUGGGGGCCCCCGGCGCCCUGUGGCGUCUCUGUGCUGCUUAGCAGGGUUGCUUGUCUCUGCUGCUCUUGAAGCUGCUGUAGAACAGCUGCAGCUGCAGCAGCAGCAGCAGCAGCAGCAGUUAGAAGGAGACUGCGGUGGUGCAUCACCCCUUGACUCAGCAACCAGCAGCAAAGAGCGAGGCUCUGUCUCGGCUGCUGCUGCACACCAGCCUUUGUAUGUAGCAGCAGCAGCACCAGCAGCAGAAGCUGCAGCAGCGGGAGCAGCAGAAGCAGCAGAUCGGCAGUGGGAUGGCCGAAGACAAAGUGCUGCUGCUGCUGCAGCAAAGAACAACGGCUGCUGCUGCUGCGACAGGCUCUCUGCUGGAGGGUUAGAGACAGCUGACGCAGACGUAGGUCCCUUCUCUGCUAUACCGAUGGAUGGUGCUGCUGCUGCUGCUGCUGCUGCUGCACCUUCCUGCUCCAGCACCCGCUGCUGCGGUAGCGAGACUCAUGCUGCAAGAGACAAAGUACGAGUAGCAGGGGGAGCUGCACCGUCUGCUGCUGCUGCUGCUGCUGCGCGUGCUGUACUUGCUAAUGACACGCGCAGCAGCAGCAGCAGCAGCAGCAGCAGCAGCAGCAGGGGUGUUGAUGCUCCUAGUCUGAUAUGCCCCUAUUCCCUUCUAGAGGAGGAGGGAGGCGGGGAAGAGGAUUUGCUGCCCCCGCAGCAUCAGCAGCAGCAUCAGCAGCAGCAGCAGCAGCAGGAGGAUGAGCGGGAGCAGCAGCAGCAGCGUAAGCGUCUGCUGCUGCUACACCCUUCAACAAGGCGUGCAUCUUUGAAUUGCUGCAGCGUUGAGCCUUUAGACAGAAGCCGAUCUGCUCUUGCUGGCGGCUUGCUGCUGGCGGGGCUGUCUGUACACUCCGUCCUUGAAGGUCUUACCCUCGGUGCUGCUCUCAACCCUAGAAGUGUUGCUCUUGCAAUUAUUCUGCAUAAAUCUCUCGAAGCAUUUGCUGUCGGAAGCUCCCUUCUACAUGCUGGUCUAGGGCAAAGCUGGUAUCUGAUACAAAUGCUGUUCUAUGCCUUAACUGCGCCUCUCGGCGUCGCUGUCGGGCUGCUGCUACAGCGAUCGGCUGCUGCAGGAGCACAUGCAUCGGAGGGAGGGCCUCAAGAGGGGGGCCCCCUGCUGCAGCAGCAUCAAUGCAUGAUAACAGGUAUAGUAAUGGGGGUCGGUGCAGGUGCUUUCUUACAUGUCGGAUUGUUAGAAAUUCUUGCUAGCGAAUUGCAGCGGUCUAGAAGAGAAAAACGAAGAGAUAUGCUGCAUAUGAUAAUGUUAACAGCAUUAGGUGCUUUAACUAUGGCAGUACUUUAA